CAACGAGAAGUCAGCUUUUAGCUCCGAAAAUUAUUCUAAAAAAAAAUUUCAUUAAAAUAUCGGAAUUGUCUAAUAAUAAGUUCGUGAAGAUGACGAAAACGGAUCGUUCUAAUAAGAAUGAUGAUGAUUCAAUUAAAAAGAAUAAUAUUCAAAAAGAAAAAAUAAAAAAAUCGAUUUCUAAUCGCGAACAGAAGACCAUCAUUAAGGUUCAACAAAAGACACUAGAGAUCGUGAUGGAAUUAAUCGAAUUACAGGGUAAUAUCAAAUUUAAGAACAAAAACAUUGAAUUCGAUGUACAGGCUUGUCUUAAGGACAUUGAAUUCGCAAAUCGCGACGCUGAGUUUGUGAAACUUAUUCCCAUAGAGAGUGCAGUUACAUCAUGUCCUGAUAAAGGAAACCAGGAAACUGCACCCAAGAUAUCCCUCAAACCUGACGCUGAGUUUGUGAAACUCAAUCUCAGUCCAUCUACAUCAUGUCCUGAUAAAGGAAACCAGGAAACUGCACCCAAGAUAUCUCUCAAACCUGACGCUGAGUUUGUGAAACUCAAGGAAGAUCUGAAGAAGCAAGCAAAGAAGCUCAUAGAGGGUCCAGCUAAGUCAUAUCCUAAUGAAGGAAACCAGCAAACUGAAUCCAAGAUAUCACUCAAACCUUAUCCCGAUGAAUCUUCGUUAAUUCGCACCAUUAAGCCCUUCUUGGAUACUCUUUUCAAAUAAACUGAAGGAGGAUCUGAAGAAGAAUCGAGAAAAAAGCCCAUAGAGAAUCCACCUAAAAUAUCCUGAUGAAGGAAAUCGGGAAACUGAACCCAACUUAAUACAUGAACCUUAUUCCGAUGAAUCGUCAUUAAUUGGCAUCACAUUGACCUUCUUGGAUUCUCUUUUCAUAUAAUAAACUAAUAAAUAACUAAAUAUA